AUGAGCUCUCGAAAGUCGGCACAAGAACGAAAAAAAUCCGAAUCGUCGAGACAUCAAAGUAGUGAUUUCGACGAAGUUGAAGACAUUUCCAGUCAGAGUUUUGCCGAUGAUUCCGAUAGACAUUCUCGGCGUAUGCACAAGGAUAAGAGGCCUUCUACGAGCGAAAAGCAUAAACGUAAAACAGACAUCGACUCCGAGGAUGAAUACGUCGACGAUCAAAAUCACAACGUUCAUAAAAAGAAGAGACAUAAAAAACACCAUAAAUCGGAAUCGAGAGAGAGUACAGAAGGUGUGCUGUCGGACGAUGUUUUUGGCGAAAAAACUGACGCGACUUCGAGAGAAGAUGCACCCAGUAAAAGACGCAAUUCCAGAAAAAGAGACGACAAUGUUUCUUAUAAAAGCGGCAGCGACAGAGACGUCUCCGUCAAAAACGAUAGCUCCAGAAGUGCCAAAAAGAAACGCCGGCGACAGGGAAAACCAGAGGAGUUGCCGAUAACGGAAAUUUUGAAGAAGGCCCAGGAGCAGCGCACCAAGUACGAGGAACCUCUGCCACUGCCCGAGCUGACGACCGACACCAUGUACGUGCAGCGACAGAGUGGUUUCAGCGCCAUUCGAAUAAGCGGUCAAAGUCAGAACAAACAUCCUCGACGCAACUCGGAAAAUCCAAAUCAACCGUCGAGUACGCGACCGAUCGAGGUCGCUAUUUUCUUUCAAAGAAUCUGGACUUCUGCGGGAUUUAUUUUCCAAGGACUACUCGGUGGAAUGGCUAUGCUGCAUCUUAUAUUCAUGCAAAAAUAUUUUGACAGUUCUGAAGAAAUUCUCGGCAAUUAUUCAGUCUUAUCGGAAACCUAUUCGAGUGCAUUUUCUUUUUUGAUUGCUAUGUGUCUCGUUUCUACCUUUGACAAGUUUGAUUUAGCUCAUUUUGGACGAAGUCAUUAUCGCUAUAUCUUCAACAAUUUUUUAAAAUCGAUUCCAUCUGUGCCAUUGUAUUUAGCAGCUUUUUCCAUUCACCAAGUAACGCUCGAAGUGGAUGAUAAAUUAACUUUGAUCCAUUACAACAGCAGCAAUCAGUUAAUGGAUACGUAUAACAUAACCAACGGAUACAUUGAUAAUCAAGAAUUGGAAAUGUGGAAAACUCUGACGCUAUCAAAGGAUGCAUUAGUCAUUUUUAGUUGGAUUUUCGUUUCGCUUGAUGGUGAGAAGGAUAUGUUACUGAGCCAAUUAAAAAAUAUGAAUAAACACUCUUAA